CUUUAAGAAAAAAACUUGAAUGGGUAUUUUGAUUAAACGAAGUAAGACUCAGUAUCUUGCUCGGAGUUGGAGAGGUUAAAAUGCAAGAUAUUAAAACCUUUUCUGGAGGUCAGAGGUUUGAGUCCACCCAGAGACACCUUGGAAGAAAGAACUGAUGAUCUACUUUCAAAAAAUCAGCCAUUGAAAACUCUGUGGAACACAGUUCUUCUCUGACAUACAUGGGGGAAUCUCCAGGAGUCAGAAUAGACUCAAAAGCAACUGGUUAUGAUUUUAAAUACUUCUCUGAAUUAAGGUGUACAGGUGCCCACAUGGGGGCAAUGGUGUUGAUUCCCUACGGUUUUUCACUGGGUGGUGAGACAUAAAUAGAAGGGAGUGGGGACUGAAGAAAUCAUGAGAACAGAAAUUCUAUAGUUAUUAAGGAAAGCGUCAACCUGGAAACAUACUAUGAGAAAAUGGUCAUUAAAGAAAUUACCUAUAAUCAGGGAUGGUCAUAAAAUUUAGUAACAGAUAUGCAUAUAUAUUUUUUUUUCUUAGGCUCUCUAUUGAAUAUAUAAUGAUGGCCAAGCCAGUAAGUUCUUAUAAACUUCUGUUUUCUGGUCUGUAAGAUAAAGAAAACACUUACUGAAGUUGGUCUCUAUGGAGGUCGAAUGAGGAAGAAAACAUGAAAGCACUAGGUCCAAUCACAUAACUUAAUGUGACUAGAUAGGCCGCAUAAAGGAUUAAGAGACAAUUUUCAGCAAUUUUCUUGUCUUUGGAGGGAUUGUCAAACACUGCUGACUUGCUGACCCAAAACCUGCUGCAAUCCAGUCGAUUUUGACUCAUAGCGGCCAUAGAGGACAAAGUAGAACUGCCCCAUAGAGUUUCCAAGGACCGCCUGGUGAAUUUGAGCUACCGACGUUUGGUUAGCAGGUGUAGUACUUAACCACUACACCACCAGGGUUUCCUGAUAUUAAAUUGAAAAGGCUUGAUAUACCUCUUAGAUGUCUAUCCCUUAUAUGCCUCCUAGGUUGGGGAGAAUGUCUCAUGCAUGAAUUAGUGCAUGUCUAGUGCCAUGGUCUUGCCGUGAUAACACCUUCAAAACCAGUUUGUUUAAUUAAUAAAUGAGCUUGUACCUUCUUUGGGACUUGCAGCUAAGGGAAAAUAACCACCAUGGGGUGGGGAAAUGAGAGCUUCCACUUGGAAUUCAUCCUUCUUGGAAUUUUUGAUCACAGCCCCACCCAUACCUUUCUCUUCUCUCUGAUCCUGGCCAUCUCCACAGUGGCAUUCAUGGAAAACACUGCAAUGGUUCUUAUCAUCUACUUGGACACCCAGCUCCACACCCCCAUGUACUUCCUCCUCAGCCAACUCUCUCUCAUGGACCUAAUGCUCGUCUGCACCACAGUACCCAAGAUGGCCUUCAACUACUUAUCUGGCAGGAAAUUUAUCUCUCUGGAAGGCUGUGGAACUCAGAUACUCUUCUAUGUGUCCCUUCUUGGAGCUGAAUGCUUCCUGUUGGCUGUCAUGGCCUAUGACCGCUAUGUGGCUAUAUGCCACCCUCUUCGAUACACCAUCCUCAUGAAUCAGAAACUCUGCAUGCUCUUGACUGUUGCUUCCUGGAUCCUAGGCUCUCUUGAUGGCAUCAUUGUGCUUGCAGCUGCCCUGUCUUUCACUUACUGUCGCUCUCUGGAAAUCCAUCACUUUUUCUGUGAUGUUGCUGCCCUUCUGCCACUAUCUUGUACAGACACCUCUGCAUUUGAAAGACUUCUUUUCACCUGCUGUGUGGUGAUGCUAAUCUUGCCAGUUUCAGUUAUUAUUAUUUCCUAUUCCUGUGUCCUCCAAGCUGUCAUCCACAUGGGCUCUGGGGAAAGUCGCCGCAAGUCUUUCACCACCUGCUCCUCCCACCUGACUGUGGUUGGACUCUAUUAUGGUGCCGCCAUGUUCAUGUACAUGAGACCAGCUCCCAACCAUACACCAAACCAGGACAAGAUGGUGUCAGCCUUCUACACCAUCCUCACUCCCAUGCUGAACCCCCUCAUUUACAGCGUCCGCAACAAAGAGGUAUCCCAGGGACUUAAGAAGUUAUUGGGGAAAGGAAACUUAAUAUAACUUUUUCAAACAUCUUUUGAGUACCUGCUCUGGUCAACAUUCCGGAAAAUGGAAUUACUUGCAUCAUUCUAUUCCUGCUA